AUGUUCGCUUUGGGAAGGUACCUAAGGUGCCUGCAUACCAGUAGGCUGCAUGGAAUGAAAUGGUUUGCCAAGCACCACUGCCAAGAACGUGAAGUGGCACCCCAGGGAUCGUCCCAGGCACCGCAAUGCGGCGCGAAAGAGGCUGUGGUCACCUUGCUGUGUGCCAUCGUGUGGUCGUGCCAUGCUUUGCAGGUUCUCGGGCUCUGCGGGUCAGGCAAGGAGUAG